AUGUCAAGGUUCUUCCGACGCACCGAUGAUUCGUCCGAUGAAGACGACGACGACGGGAACCCAGCCACCCUCUCAGGACCCUCCGGUUCAACUGAUCCGGCGUCAACCCGCCCCCAUCCCCGACGCGAAUCCAGCUCGAGCAGCCUCUCCUCCUCGGCUUCCGAGUCCCCGCCACCUCCCCUCGAUUCUUCCGCUCUACCCGCCCCUGUUAGUCUGAUUCCCGCCAUCAGGGGCCAGCGGAGCUCCCCCCGUCCGCCUGACCCCCUCUCUGCGCCACUUGUCCGUUACAUUGUUCGGUCAGUUCCACAUCUGGACAUGGAAACCGAGGAGGAUCUUCACCUCAAAUUCACCUACAAGCGGUACAACUGCGUUUGCAUCGAGAUUUGGCUCCAGGCCAUUGACCCCGAGACCGGUGACUCACUCGUCCACGCUAUUGUCCGUUCCGGGCGUAUUGGAGCUCUCGGGGCGUGCCGACUCUAUCCGACCUGUGGAAACGGACAGGCUCAGUUUCAAGGCCAUCGCGAGAGGCAUAUACUGUUUAUGCAUCAAAACGAGGAGGGCGACAACGGGUUGCACGUCGCUGCGCGGAUGGGGGGACUACCGCUAGUGAGGGCAGUGUUACGCGCCUUUAAGGGUAGGGAUAUGGAUGACGGGCGUGAUGUUCCGGAUGAGUAUGAAAGACAUGACGUGAGGGAUGAGGGACGCAUGUUUUCCUGGGAAGCAAAGAGGAUACUAUUCAUUGAAUCGAGAAAUCUGGCCGGAAGAAGUGCUGCAGAAGAGGCUCGGCACCACGGACAUGCGGAGGUGAGCGGCUUUCUAGAGCACGUUCUCGACUGUUCAUACCCUUCCAAGUGCGACGACAGGGAGAGCGCGAGGCAGCUAGCCAGGUCGAUCGUCGCUCAGGGCUACAGAUUCACAGGUUGUUAA